AUGUCACUGUCGAGAUCUACAUCUCAUGGCAGUAGUUCUUGCAGUUCGGUCAUCAAAGCGCUUCGAUGGCUGUUGAAAUCAGCAGAGGUCGGAUGUUUACAGGUGGUGCAUUCAGUACUUAUUGGAACCUUUCUGAACCAAAAGGUGCCCAGGGACAGGAAACAAGCACCUCCUCUGCCUCUGUGGGCAUUUGUGCAGUGGGAGCGUCGUGUGCUCAUGUCCAACUGCACAGUAUUAGAAAUCAUUCUACUGGGUACAUUUUUAUUGAUGGCAUGGGGAUCCCUUCGUUUUUCCGACGCGCAAAGGUUAGACCUCCAAAAGAUCAUCUAUCACGAUGGUACCAUGCGAGGGGUGAUAUGGCGCUCCAAGACAGCAGUCAGCGGCAUGCCCCUAGCAGUGGCGGCGGAGGGUUUCCUCAGCAAAGGCUCCCACAACUGGUUGUGGAAGUUCUUGACGGUUUUAGAUACGGUAUUGGCCAAAUCAGGCCUCUCCGAUGUUGAUUUUCUUCUUCCACUGAUGGAUGAGGAUGGACCAGUUUAUCCAUUGCAACCGAUGGAUUAUGCUACAGCGUUAUUUUACCUACGGAAAUUUUUGGGUUGCCCCUGGAGUCAACGACCAGACCCCUUGCAGCACUUGAAGUUGAACUUCACGUUACACUCCCUCAAAGCGACGCUAUUGUCGUGGGGACCACAGCUGCAUGAGAAGGUUACCCCUGAACAGCGUUUGUCUCAGGGACACCAUUCGGAUCCCAAUAGCAGUUUGGACACAUACUCACGUGACGUGGUGUGGACGUCCUUGACAUAUCAGCGCAAGAUGAUACAAGAGGUUCAGGGUGGAUGGCGUCCAGCCAUUGCACAGCAUCGGGGGAGAAUGGUCAUCUUCUACUCCUUUGUCGGUAUUCCAAAAGGCUUGCCUCCGCACGGCAUUUCAGCGAUGAAACAAAAAUUCAUGGCCAACUAUCCAUCCGAGUUGAUCCAUGCGGACCUUUUUCCAUCGACCAGAUUAGUGAGCCUGGUUCAUGACCAGCUCUCCAAGAAGGUUUGGAAGUGGGUGCCAUGGAAGUAUCGCAUCUCGCUCACCAGGUUCAUGAUCGGGCCAUCGCCUUGUGCCAAGGGCAAGGUUCAAUGGCUCACGGAGAUUCAACGGGAUGGUGGCUUCAAGCAACUAUGCAUGCGAUAUCAGGUGGGCAAGUGUCAGAAUCCCAACUGUUUCACCAUGCAUGAUCCAUUCAAUGAGGUUGACUCCGUGGAGACCGACCCAGUGCAUGAUGUGGACCCAGUUCAAGACUUCGCUCCGCCUAUUGAUAGUUUUACCCCGGGCCGUUUGCCCCAACCCGAGCAGGCGAAUGCGGUAGGUUAUGGAGCGGCCAGCCCUUCCUGCUGUGAAUACAGCAGACUCAAACUUCGAGAUGAUGACGGUCCCAAAGCUCUACGAUCACCGGAACACUUGUCCGGCCUACCCAAUCUUACACCCUGGGAACUGCAACGGGUCCAAGAGAGCUUUUUGAUGCUCUCUCGCUGCGUUGAGGUCCUCACCCUGGUUUUUCAAACAGGUCUCCGAGACGAUUCUGGUGCUUUUGCCAGUAGGGCGACGGCACAAUACCCACAGAAACUGGCACAGUUAUUUGCAAAUCUUGUGGCCCCGUUACUGGACACAUCGGCGUUGGACCUACAAUGGUCCUCUCUGGAUGCCCUCAUGCCCACCAAGCACCUGUCGGAUUAUCCAUUUGCACAAAUAGAUGGGGGUGGAGCUUUUUCCCACCCGGACUGGAGUCAGGAUAAUCGUCAAGAACAUGACUGGUUCCAGACGCUCCGUACUUCGUGGAUGAACAGGAUCAUCUCUGAGCGAUUGGAUAAGAUCCUACUGGCUCAUGUGGCGUCGGGCAACCCUUCACCACCAUUUUCGAUGGAGAUUCUGACCCCAUUCAAGGAUGAUCUGGAGAAAUUCUUGGAGGCACAUGGACAUCCACCAGAUUGGUCAGUUCGACCACAUCAGCCAAUACAUCUUCAUAUUUUACACUCUUUACAGAAGAUUAUGCACGACGUCGAUUUUACAUUAUUACCCAGUCUAUUAGAAGGUGUCCGAACCGGUUUUUCCACGGCGAUUCCUCCGUCGGGUAUUUUUCCACCCAAAGAACGUGCGGAUAUAGAACCCGAUCCAUUGUCAGCUCACCUCUCCAACUGGCAGAGCGCUGAAGAAGAUCUACCAUUAACACGAGAACUGGUUCAGGAGGAAAUUGACAAGGGUUGGGUUUUUGCAUAUAAAGGUUCUUUGGAAGAAGCGCAACAAGAAUAUCUGGCCGGUGUUGCUAUUGGAAAAUUGGGAGUGGCUCAAUCAGAUAGUCGAGCCCCCCGAUUAGUUGUGGACUCCAGCGUAUGCGGCCUCAAUGGUCGGUGUAUCAUUCCGGAGAGGUCCACCCUCCCGACGGCCAAGGAGGUGUUACGUAGCUACCCUCUACGUCAGUGUCAGAGGAAUCUGAUGGGCUUCUCUUUAGACGUUAAAGCAGCUCAUAAAAGAAUAGUUCUACAUCCAGACGAAUGCGGACUGGUUGGCUUUUCGCUAGAAGGGCAGCUUUUCUUCUAUAGAGUUACCCCAUUUGGUGCAGUUUUCUCUGCCUUUUGGUGGGCAAGACUGGGUGGACUCCUUCUCCGUAUAUUUCACCACUUGAUCUGGUUGAGUCACGCUGGAUUUUUAUAUGUGGAUGACUUCUUAUUUUUUAUGGAAGCCAACAUGAUGCCGUUGUCGGCCACAUUACUGUGUAUUUUCUGCCAGCUUUUGGAAAUUCCUAUCAGCUGGAAGAAGACGGCCAUGCACUCUUCCAUUGACUAUAUCGGCUGGAAAUUCAAUUUCAAUGCAGGUAUUGUGACAAUCCCCAUUGAAAAGAUCCUCAAACUCCGAGGGUACAUCGAACAUCUUGUUUCCCAGCCACGAACUACUCGUAAGUCUUUGGAGAAACUCAUUGGCCUGGCAAUGUGGAUUACUCAAUUAUUUCCACUCAUGCGGAUCUGGAUCCACUAUUGGUACCACGACCUCUACACCAUCCCGGCGACACAUUUCAGUAUUGAUGCUGGUACAUGGCCUCGCAUUCAUCAAUAUUUAACCCCUACUUUGACUUUUCAUACAGCACCUUUGGGCUCCGCUAUACCUAUUUCAGGUAAGCUCAUCGCAGUUCGACAUCAAGCAGUAUCCUCAUUGGCGGAUCUGACGUCAUUACAUAUCAAAACAGAGAACAGGAUUUGGUUACGGAUUAUCAAUCCGAAUUCCUCAAAACGCAAACUUCGUCCUGAUUCUCUUCGAAUUUUGAAGUUAUUUGACCAUUGGCUGAUGGGUGUUUCUCCAUCUCGACCAAUGAGAGCGAAGCCAUAUUGGAAUGGCAUUGCGGCAGCUGAUGCAUGUGCAUCGGGUUCCUACUGCCAAAUUGGAGGUUUCAUCCGUCAUCAUUCAGGCGUCCAAUUUUGGUUUUCUGAAAAAUUUUCCCAUGCCGAUUUUGACAUUUUGUCAAUUCAUUUAGACCCAAAUAUGCAACGAAGCAUUGCUUCAUUUGAAACUUUAGCCCAAAUUGCUUUAGUUUGGCUGGUGGCCACAUCUUUUCCUGGUUUUCGUAUUCCCAUUUGCGUGAAAUCUUUGAGCGACAAUACGGGAGCAGAGAGCGUGAGCAACAAAUUAUUCACCACGACUCAUCCUCUAUGUCUCUUUGUCGAGAUCCUCACGUGCCUGGCUUCGACAACGGGUAUUGAAUUGGAUGUGAGCCAUAUUCCUGGCGCGGACAAUGUCAUAGCGGAUGAUCUGAGCCGAUGGGAUUUUUCCACUCCCAUUCCACAUGAUUUUCAAGCAAGUGAAAGGAUUCAUCUUUCACUCAAUCAAUUAUUUCGUUGUUCACCUCACCCAACAUUGCAUCCUCCUGAUUCGAAACUCCUUUGGAAACUCCCACAUCCUCUUGCGAUGUGA